UCUCUCUUUCUUUUUCUCUCUUCUCUCCCCUUCGGCCGGCCGCGGGGAGUACGAGCUGGAGUGGCGGCGGGCAGGGGCCAAAGUGGUGGCGGCCGGCGGAAGUUGAAGCGGCGACGGCGGCGGAACUGCAGCAGUUUGCUCUGGAUGAACCUGGCCGACAACCAAUUGAUCGGCAGGAUUCCGCCGGAGAUGGCAGAGAUAGGGAGAAACCCUGCUCCGACUUUCGAGAAGAAUCGGAAGGAUGUCAGCGUGCUCGCACGCCUCCCCGCGCACCCCGCCGCCGCAUGGGGCAGCUUCCAUGCCACACACUCCAGCGCCCGCCCGCCAGCCCUCCCGCCUGCCGCCGCCGCCGCUCCGGCUCCCGCCCACUUUCGCCGCCCCUGCCCGUCGAUUGCUCCACGAGAGAGAAGGUGAAGAGAAAAGGGGGAGACAUCAGCUAAGACACCGAUUCCACAAAUCCCUCGUGGCCGUGAUCUGUUCAAGGAUUCACAGCUUCUCUUACGCGUCGUCUUGCUGUCCGGCGCCGCGAAGGGUACAUGACUUACAGUCAUGGCGGCAGCGGCGCGCUGCUUUGUCACCCUCCCCGCCUUCUGUUUCUUGGCGCCGGCGGCGUUGAUGUUGGGGUACUACUACGGCUCGCCGGAGCUAGUCGUCGUCGGCUCAGGUUGCUCGAGGCUCGUGGAGACGAACCCGUUCAUUGUGCAGGACAUCAAGGCGAGGACGGAGGGAGGGUCGCUGGAGAAUGGGUUGGUGCUCUACGGGAUGUCGGUCGCUCCGCCUCUCGGCAUCCCAGCCGCUUGGUUGGAGGCUCGCCGCGCCGUCGUACCAGCCAAUUCCCACAUGUCAAUUUUUUUUUGUGAAUCACAUAUGAGUCCUACAUAUAUUUUUUAAAAUUCUAAUACCACGUAAGCGCCAUGUGGGACGAAAAGUAUGUCAACAUUACCACGUCAGCGCCACAUCAGCAAAACCACCCUCCAAAACCGCUGAGGGAGUCAAAUUACACUAGUUUCAAUAGUUUGGGGAGUCGUCUUAUCCGGUUUUACGGUCGAAGGUUACGGAUUAGAUUCGGAUCACUUUUAAGGGAGUCAAAAUGGACUUAUUCCUCACUCUCCUCUUGUGUUUCGACGACAAACCGGCCCAGAGACAUGCGUGGAGUUCCGCUGAAAAAAUAUUAAAAUAAAAAACUGGCACACCAACAUCAACACGAGAGCUGUCUGAUGCAACAAAUAACUGCAGAGAGGAGAAAAAAAAAGGCUGAGCUGCCAAGAAAGAAAACAACCGAACAGCAAAUCACCACUUGCACCUAUCUUCGUUUUCUUCAGAAUCACACUGAGGCUGAGUUCGGAUGGGGGAGAUGGGAACCUAACUCUUGCGCACGGAAAAUGGAGCGGUCCAUUAACACGUGAUUAAUUAAGUAUUAGCUAAUUUUUUUAAAAAAAUAGA